AUGGCUUCCCGGGGGUCACUGGAAGAAUUCGACCCCGCCAACCCUGGCGCCUGGAAGACCUACGCGAACCGAGUGGCCUUCUACCUGGACGCCAAUGACAUUUCCAACGUGGGAAAGAAGCAUUCCACCUUCCUCAGCCUGUGCGGGCCUCAGACUUUUGAGCUUGCUCAGUCCCUGCUGGCCCCCGCUGAACUGGACGCGACGCCAUUUCCUGCGAUCAUGGCGGCGCUGGGGAACCAUUUCAACCCCCAGCCAACUCAGGCCACCUGCCGCUUGGCAUUUCACCUGCGGGACCAGGAGCCUGGAGAGUCAGCCACUGGAUAUAUCGCCACACUCCGAACUGCCGCCUGUUCAUGUGAAUUCCCGGACCUCAACGACCGGCUGUGCAACCGCUUCGUGUUCGGCCUACGGAGUGAGAAGUUGCGCCUCCAGCUCGUGGCCAAGAAGGACCUUACUCUGACCGCAGCCAUCGAGGAAGCCACUGUGGCCGAGUCCUCUUCACGGCCCAGUCGGUUGGGUGACUGGGAUGCUCCGCCUCCCCGUACACCGGCUCCCGUCCACCAUGAGAGUGCCAGCGACGUGACCUCCAGCGAUGAGGACGAGGCCCACAAGCUGAGCGACCAGGGGGCCACCCAGGGGCACUGGAUGCGUGGCGCCAUGAACCGGCCGUACUCCAGCUGUGGUGAGAGACACGACCGCCGCUCCUGCAGGUUCUGCGACGCCUCUUGCCGGGCUUGUGGCAGGGUCAGCCACAUUGCCAAGGUCUGCUGCUCGGCGCCGAAGGGCUGGUUGUCACACCCAGCCAGGAAAGAUGGCAGCUCGCGACCCGUCCAUGACUUGGAUGACGACGAGCCCACCUUCGGCCGCCAGGGUCGCUGCAAGUCCGAGCUGCACAGCAUCUCCCUCCAUAAAGUGCACGGUGCGGACAAGGUCUCCAUCGCCGUCGAGAUCGGUGGCGCACCUUGCGAGAUGGAAGUGGACUCCGGCUCGGCUCUCUCCAUUAUAUCGCUGGACACGUACCGCGACCUGGCCCGUCGUGCCACCUCCCUCCCCGAGCUGCCACCAUCCGGCGUCACCAUUUGGGACUAUCAGAGGUGCCGGGUGCCGGUCCGGGGGGAGGCCCGCAUGCCCAUCCUGUUCCAGGACCGAUCCGGCCUCCUCCGCCUCAUCGUGGUCGAAGGUCCUCGUGCAAGUCUCCUGGGGCUCGACUGGUUUCUGGCUCUUGGCCUCCACAUCGGCGGCAUCCACCGCAUCAGCCAGACCGCCCUCAAUGACAUCUGGUCGGAAUUCGAGGAUGUUUGGAAGGGCCCGCUGGGCUGCUACAAGGGGCCGCCUGUUCGUCUGCACAUCGACCCUGCCGCAGCGCCCAUUCGCCUCAAGCCUCGACGGGUCCCCUUUGCUCUCAAGCCCCAGAUUGACGCGGAGCUUAACUGUCUCGUCACACAGGGCGUGCUGGUGCCAGUCCCCAAUGCUCCAUGGGAGACCCCGAUAGUAAUGCCACUCAAGCCCAACGGGGACGUCCGCAUCUGCACGGACUACAAAUGUACUAUUAAUACGGCUCUGUGGCCGCACGCCUACCCCGUGCCCGUGGUCAGCCAUCUCCUGGCCUCCCUCACUGGGGGAAGGGAGUUUGCCAAGUUGGACCUUGCUCAGGCGUACCAGCAGCUGCCUGUGGACCCUGAGUCAGCUGAGGCGCAGACCAUCGUUACGCACCGGGGCACCUUCCGGGUGACGAGUCUGCAGUUCAGGGUCAGCACGGCCCCGGGCAUCUUCCAGAAUCUCAUGGAGAACCUCCUGAAGGGCUUGCCGGGCGUCGUCCCUUACUUUGACGACAGCUUGAUCGCCGCCAGCUCCAAUGAUGAACUCCUGAAACGCGUCCACCACCACAAGCCGCUCUUGGGGCUGUUCGUGCCGGAUCACCAGACGCCGCAAAUCCUGUCCCCCCGCAUGCUCCGGUGGUCGAUCUUUCUCAACGCCUAUGACUUCCGGCUGCUGCAUCGCCCUGGUUCCAGCAUUGCGAACGCGGACGCUCUCAGCCGCCUGCCGCUCAAGGACUCCGGUCCGGACCCAUCCCCGGCCUACAACGUAAUGCUGCUGGAGACCCUGCCAGAACUGCCGCUGCAUGCCUCAGACAUUGCGGCUCACAUUGCAAAGGACCGCACCCUCGCCCGCAUUCUGAACUGGGUGGGGAAGGGGUGGCCGGCAGCCAGACCGGAUGGUGAAUUCAAGCCUUUUUCCAUGCGACAGCACGAACUCUCGCUUAAUAAGGGGUGUCUGCUCUGGGGAAACUGCGUCGUGGUUCCAGCCAAACUGCGCACCAAGGUCCUGGAGGCCCUGCAUGCCUGCCACCCGGGUGUCGUGCGUAUGAAAGCCCUGGCGAGGAGCUACGUUUGGUGGCCGGGCAUAGACGCUGCUGUAGAGGAGUGGGUAAGCCGUUGUCGGCCAUGCCAAGAGUCGUGGCCUGAGAUGCCGCGAGCCCCGACCCACCACUGGGACUCCACCCACACAUCCUGGUCCCGCCUCCACAUUGACUUUGCGGGACCGUUCCAGGGCAAGACAUUCCUGAUCGUCAUGGACUCCUACUCCAAGUGGCUGGAGGUCGUCAACGUCGGCUCCAUGACAUCGCCAGUGGUGGUCCGGGAGCUGCAAAAGAUUUUUGCCACCCACGGCUUGCCAGACACGGUGGUCUCCGACAACGGGGCCCAAUUUACAUCCGCGGAGUUCCACAAAUUCUUGACCAAGAACGGAAUCUGCCACACGACCUCAGCCCUGUUCCACCCUGCCACCAACGGACAGGCAGAGCGAAUGGUCCGAACGACCAAAGAAGUGAUGAGACAGCUCCUCAUGGGCCGCCGGCUGAAAACGCCACUCGACCGGCUACACCCCAACCUCAUGCCGGAGUGCCCUUGCCACAAAGAAGACCCGGCCGUGCUACGGGUCGUUGAGCAGGAUGCCCCCGUCUAUGCCCGAAACUACAGAACGGGCCCUGCCUGGAUUCCGGCCACCGUUCAAGACGCAACCGGCCCGGUAUCCUACCGGGUUGCCACCCCGAGGGUCGCGUCCUCUAGAGACACAUCGAUCAGCUGCGCCGCCGACCGGCUGAUGCACCCAACAUCGCCGCUACCGUGGAAGCUCUGGAGUCCCCCAGAGUCCCGGAGCAAGUCGCGCCAGCGGAGAGCGAGCAAAGCAAGGAGCGCCUGUCUGCCGGCACUCAAGAAGAGCUGUCAGACACCGCUUCCCCUACAACAAGCGAACCCGAACCAACCGCUGCCACAGACGCGGCCCCAGCACCCGCUACGCCAGCUCCGACAUCGUGUAGGUCGCAGCGGAUACGAACACGACCCAGCCACCUGA